GGAAGGUGACAUUACGCGCCAAAGCUUGAGUGUUGUGGGAAGAAGGCACGAUGGAAAUCUCCCGGAAAAUAAAGACAAAAGUGUCCUCCGGCUUUAAAAUGCGGGGGCUCAUGCUGCGACCUGAUGCAAGCAAGUACCUUGUGGAAGUGCUGGAAUCUGUUAGCUCCUCUGAACUGGAGGAUGUUAUUGAAAAGGUCCUGGAUGCAGUGGAAAAGCAGCCACUGUCUUCUAACAUGAUCGAGCUGUCAGUGGUGGAAAAUGCCGUGCAGGACUGCUCCCAAUCCUGUGAUGAAGCCAUAGAUAACGUUUUCAACAUCAUUGGGGCCUUCGAUGUGCCCAGAUACAUUUACAGUGCGGAGAGAAAGAAAUUCAUACCCAUCGGUAUGACCAGCCAUCCGGCCCCCAGUCUGUGUGGCUCGGCCAAGGACAAAGCCGAGCUCUUCAGGGAGCGCUACACACUCCUCCAGCAGCGAACGCAUCGACAUGAGCUCUUCACUCCACCUGCCAUCGGAGCUGCUGUGGAAGAGGGCCAAAACAAAUUUCAGCUGAAGACGAUUGAAGCGCUGCUGGGUAGCACAGCCAAACUGGGAGAGGUGAUCGUACUGGGGAUGAUCACACAACUGAAAGAGGGUAAAUACUACCUUGAGGACCCGAGUGGAACAGUCCAGCUGGACAUGUCCAAAGCACAGUUUCACAACGGCCUGUACACAGAAUCCUGCUUCGUCCUGGCAGAAGGCUGGUACGAGGACUCAGUUUUCCACGUCAAUGGCUUCGGUUUCCCACCAACGGAGCUGUCAUCCGGAACAAGGGCGUACUACGGCAACACAAACUUCUUUGGCGGCCCGUCCACCACGUCGGUGAAGGCUUCUGCCAAGCUGAAGCAGCUGGAGGAAGAGAACGAGGACGCCAUGUUUGUGAUCGUGUCUGACGUCUGGCUGGACAGUGUGGAAGUGAUGGAAAAGCUCAACAUCAUGUUCUCAGGAUAUGCGGCCAUGCCUCCCACCUGUUUUAUCUUGUGUGGAAACUUCUCCUCUGCUCCUUAUGGGAAAACACAGAUCAAAUCACUCAAAGAAUCGCUGAAAGCCCUCGCUGAUGCUAUCUGUUCGUACCCGAGCAUUCACAGCAGUAGCCGCUUUGUGUUUGUUCCUGGUCCUGAAGACCCUGGUCCAGGCACCAUCCUGCCCAGGCCUCCUUUAGCAGACCACAUCACAGAGGAGUUUAGGCAGAAGGUGCCGUUUUCUGUCUUCACAACCAACCCAUGCAGGAUCCAGUACUGCAGCCAGGAGAUCGUCAUCAUGAGAGAGGACCUGGUCAACAAGAUGUGCAGGAACUGCGUCCGUUUGCCCAACAACAGUCUUGACAUCCCAAACCAUUUUGUAAAGACCAUCUUAUCCCAGGGCCACCUGAGCCCACUGCCUCUGUACGUCAGUCCUGUAUUCUGGGCCUAUGACUUCUCCCUGCGGGUCUACCCCAUUCCCGACGUCGUCGUCUUCGCCGACAAAUACGACCCCUUCAACAUCACCAACGCUGGCUGCCUCUGCCUCAACCCGGGAUCGUUCCCCAGGAGUGGCUUCAGUUUCAAAGUGUACUACCCAUCCAACAGAACUGUGGAGGACAGCAAACUUCAAGGGCUCUAAAGACCACCAUGGAUUCACAAGUGGACCAAUACUUAAUGUUGAAAAUUAUCAAGUACUCAAGUCAUUGUAUUGAUAUUUGUGUAAAAUCUGCCUUGUAUAAUAAAGUUUUUACUGUUGUG